AUGCCACCAAACCAGUUGAAAUACCAGACCAUGGGUCCGUACGGAAAGGACAUCCAUGCAUCCACGUUUGGACUGCCGCAGACACCCGUCUACGCGGAGAUGUAUAAGCACAUCACCCCGCUGGGACCAGAUGUCGCGUUCGAGCUGUGCGAGCCCACGAUCUGGUGUCGAGAAUACGGCUAUGCACUUCUUCGCGUCGACGCGCGCGGGAUAGGAGGUAGUCAAGGAAGACUUGACCCGUUCGGUCUAGAGCGGUCGAUUGCGAUUAGGGCGGAUGCAGAAGGCCAAGAUCUCUAUGACGUAACGGAAUGGGCUGGUGUGCAGCCAUGGUGCUCGGGCAAGGUCGCCUUCAGCGGCAUCAGCUACUACGGCAUGGUAGGCUAUUGGGCGGCGAUGCAGAAGCCUCCGCAUCUGGCCUGUGUCAUUUCCUAUGAGUCCCAAUGCAGCAUGUACCAUGCCGCGCGGAAGGGCGGCGUAUACAGCGAGAACUUCUUGUCGCACUGGUACAACAACAUCGUUAUUCCCUAUCAAGCUGGGAGACGGGAUGGGUCUCGAACAGAUGAGGAACUAGCGGCUGAGCGAGCUAACUUCUGUAAUAUCCUAUGCUCGACGGAAUAUCCUAACGAAGGUGUCUGGGCAGUCUUCGACCGAGUCCGGAAGCUCUCUGACAUUGAGGUUCCCAUCUACUUGGCUGGGAAUUGGACAGAUCCGGAGCUACACUUAGCCGGCAACAUCCGUGCCUUCAAUGGUAUCUCUUCCAGUUAUAAGUGGCUGGAGAUGCAUACAGGUAACCACCUGGAAGCCUUCUAUGAACCGGAGCACGUUGCAAUGCAACGGAGAUUCCUUGACUGCUUCCUCCUCGAUAAACGAGAUAACGGGAUGCUCGAUAUUCCUCGUCUUCGGAUCCUCCAGCAUCAUGGCAAAGAUACAUUUUAUCGAGAAGCCGAGACCGUGUUCCCGCCACCAGACGCACAAGAUAUUGUGUUUUACCUAACACCGGACCAAAAGCUCUCUGCCACCCCUCCGGAUACAACCCGCGUCGCAUUCAAGUCCCAAGGCUACGGCCCCGAGUCUAAAAACCUGCACUUUACCCUUGAUUCCAGCUUCAAGGAGUCAUUUGAACUCCUCGGCUCACCCUAUCUGGAGCUAGAAGUCAGCACAACCGCCCAGGACCUCGACCUAUUUGUCUACCUUCGCGCAAUCGACGCCAAUGGCGAGGAGAUUGUUCUGAAGGGCAACCACGGCGAGCCGAUGGACAGCUUUGCGCGGGGGUAUUUCCGUCUGUCGCACCGGGAUGAGGUUGCGCGGAAUUUCGCAGAAAAGCGCGUCAUUGAUCAGCCGAAUGUUGCUAGAUCUGAGGUUGUUCAGGGACAGGUCACCAAGGUUCUGGUCCCGUUAUAUCCAGCUGCAUUCCUGUUUGAUGAGGGCCAGUCUCUGGCGCUGGAGAUUGGGCAUGUGAAUUCACCGAGUACUAUCCCGCUGAUGAGGCAUGAGGGUGGGGAUCGGACUGCUCAGAGAUUCGAGGGCGAGAAUGUACUUUAUUCUCAUGCCAGGCUCGUGCUGCCGCGUAUACGCCGGUAGUGAUUGGGGAACUUUGCAUUGUUCCUUGAAUGAAUGAG